AUGAUACUAGAUGAAAUGAAGAAUAUCAAGAGUGGAAAAGAGCUAGUGAAUGAAGUAAGGAAGAUUGAGAAGAACAUCAACGCUGGUAGUACUAUCUCAUCUCUCCUUGAGCUGAGUGCUGCUAAGAUUUCUAGUCAUACAUGUGAGGUUCCAACACCGUCACAUUUAGCUGAGCAAGAUAGCGAGAGCCCAGAUGAAGAGAUACCUCGGAUUGAAGAUGUACUCGAAGCCAAGGCACAAGAUGAUCCAGAGCUCAAAUGCCCAAGUGAUCAAGUCGAAGACUCAUCAUCUACAACUCCUGAAGAAGUAGAAGAAGCUGUUGUAGUUGAAGAUGAAGAACCAGAAAUUCAAUUGCCUAUCAUCAUACAAGAGUGUGACAUUGCAGGUUUAUCUAAUCCUGUCAAUGGCAUGUCCCCAUAUGAAUUGUUUGCUACUACCUUGCAUUGCAUGAUGCCAUCUGUUAAAGUAGAUUUGAAAAAGUAUUUGCUUGGAUAUGAUCAUAUAUACCCUGUUAGUGGCAUUACUCACAUUAGUGAUGAUCACAGUUACUUUCCUCGUGCUAGACCUAUGCUUUAUGAAACAUAUCAUUCCCAUGCUAGUCUUGAGCUUGCUGAUUUCUACCAUCCUAAACAUGUGCUUUAUAGCUAUGCUUAUGUAAUUGGAUAUUCGAUUGAUGACUUGGAGGGUAUUAUCCCUACCACUUGCAUUGUCUCUUUUGUUGUGAGUGCUUUUAGGUUUUUGCUUGUGCACGAUCCACUACAUGCUGACCAGGUUCGAGGUGACAUUCCUUGGGACCCUGGUGGACUUAGAGAAUGGGGAUGA